UAGCAAAAGGAAAGAAAAAAAGAAAGAAAGAAAGAAAGAAAGAAAAUAAAUAAAUAGGGAAAGGAAAUAAAUAAACAAAGGGAAAGAAAGAAAGAAAGACCUUCUAACAUUUCCUUAGCGUUCUUCUCGCCGCUUUUGCUACUGGCUAUCUUGAGCAGCUCCUCUCUGAUUGGCUAGGAAGACACACCCGACGUCUCAUUGGAGGAGUGGCCUCCUUCUCGUCCAAUCGCCUCCACCUUCCAGGAGCCGGCGGGCGAAUAUAAAAGCAGGAGGACGCCGGGGCGAUUUUUCACUUCGAUCUUCACUUGAAUUUUUGGAUUGUCGCCGUUUAGAGCUACCAUGUCUGGACGCGGCAAGCAGGGCGGCAAAGCCAGAGCGAAGGCCAAGACUCGCUCUUCCCGCGCCGGGCUGCAGUUCCCGGUGGGCCGCGUGCACCGGCUGCUUCGCAAGGGCAAUUACGGCGAGCGGGUGGGCGCCGGCGCUCCGGUCUACCUGGCCGCCGUGCUGGAGUACCUGACGGCCGAGAUCCUGGAGCUGGCGGGCAACGCCGCUCGGGACAACAAGAAGACGCGCAUCAUCCCGCGCCACUUGCAGCUGGCCAUCCGCAACGACGAGGAGCUGAACAAGCUGCUGGGCCGGGUCACCAUCGCCCAGGGCGGCGUCCUGCCGAACAUCCAGGCCGUCCUGCUGCCCAAGAAGACUUGAAGCCGAGACUUUAAGGCAACUUCUCCAGCCCGGCCCGAGCGCCUGGACUCUUCCCCAAGGCUCUUUUCAGAGCCGCUUACAAAGUCACAAAAAGAGCUCGUCGCGUUUGGUAACGCCUGAAAUAUAUAAUAUAUCGUGCGGGGCCAGAACGAAAACUCCAAAAAGUCUUUUAACAUUUAAAACUGGUGAAAAGGUGCUAAUGCGGGGCUCUUCCAACUUGGUCCUUUGAUGACUUGUGGACUUCAACUCCCAGAACUCCUCAGCCAGUGUGAGAGAACUAGGACCCU